GGAGGAUUAACAAGCGGACGAACGGCGGUUAGGUGCUUUGGGAUUAUCCCAAGCCCCUAGCAGGUGCUCUGGGGAUGGCUGGAGACCAACAACCGCCUGCCGUCUCGAGUCAGGCGAACGGCUCGGCGGACGAGAAAAGACCAACGAACCCGUACGAAACCAACCCCAAGCUCAUUUCCGCCGAUGACCCCUUCCUUGCGCGAAGUGCGCACUACGGCCGCUAUGCACCUUCCGACGAUGACUUCAAACCGCCCCAUGAGUACUGGUGCCAGUCGGACCCAGAUGUGAAGUCCUACUGGGAAGGCAUUGUGAACGACCUUUGCACAUCGGAAAACUCAUUGAAUCCUCCGGGUGCGAGAGAGGCUUUCGCUGCUGGCAGCGUCAUCAUUAGAGUCGAUCGCGAGCCUACAGCCGACGCCGCAGCAGAGAUGUACUCAUGCCUCAAUGCGAAUGAGCUCAGUGCAGCAAGAAAAGCCGAGGAUAAUCUUCGGGAACUCAACGUUGCUGUCCCAAUGAUAUACUUCUGCGGCACCAUUGAGAAUAAGAAUGUUACCGUGGAAUCAAGAAUUCCUGGUGUCUCGUUGGAAGUGGCUUGGAAGUAUCUCAGUGCUGAUCAAAUCGAGAGCGUCAAGCAACAGUGUCGCCGCAUAUCCCAGCGCCUUGGAGCCAUUGACACCGCUCCUGACCGACCCUCAUACGUUUGCAGCGGCCUCAAUUCGCAGCUACCGCCCGAUGUCCAGCAGACGGAGAAAGAUACUCUAUUUCGCGACAAGAAGAAAGGCGAAAGGCUUGCUCUUGUGCACAACAGCCUUGUCCCAGCCAAUAUAAUUGUGAAAGAUGGUCAGGUAGUUGGCAUCACCGGAUGGCGGCGAAGCGGAUACUUUGGUUUUGAGCGGGCGGGUGAAAUACAUCGACGUUUUAGGAUUCCCGAGAUCGCGACUGCGAGCGAAGAAGAGGGCUCACUCAAGGUUUCUGAGGCAUGGGCCGAUGUUUAUGAAGGGUUACCUAGUGUUGUCGGCGAGUCUGCAACUGCGACGAAGCACAAUACUCCUAUCCCGCAAGUGAAGACCGAGCCGUUGAAUGUGGAGUUGAAUGGGGUCCCUCUUGAUAACGAGCCAGACCAUAAGUCAGGGCUCCCUCAGCUGGAUGGUGCCGGACUGCCCGAUGAACAGCCCACUCCAAAGAAGAUUGCCAGCCUCAAAAAUCGAGGAGCCUCCCGGGCAUCGUCAUCCGAUCGAUCUUCUCCGGCAAUAUCCGCCAAAACAAGUGCCGCGGCUAAAAAGCCCGGGACUGGUGUCACUAAGAAGGGGACAGCCCGGAAGCCAGCGGCCAAGAAACGAAAGUUGAAUGACGUGGAUAAUGAGAGUGUCACUAGUAGGCGAUCGAACACACCUUCUUCGCGAACUAGCAAAGCUCCCGGGAAGACCAAACGUGGUUCUGCUUCCAUAGCGGGCUCACCGGCACCGGAGGCCAAAAGGAAAAAUAGCAAGAAUACCGUCGUGGAAGAUGUAGAAGAGGAAGAAGAAGAGGAUGAGGAGGACGACUCAGAAGACAACGAUGAGGUGUUCUGUAUCUGUCGCAAACCAGACAAUCACACCUGGAUGAUAGGGUGUGACGGUGGAUGCGAGGAUUGGUUUCAUGGGAAAUGCGUCAACAUUGACCCACGAGACGCUGAUCUGAUUGACAAGUAUAUAUGCCCGACUUGUAAGGAGCAGGGCAAGGGUUGGACAACCUGGAAACCGAUGUGUCGGUUAAAGGAGUGCAGAAAGCCUGCGCGCGUCAAUCAGGAACAGCCUAGUAAAUACUGCUCAGAUGAGCAUGGUCGUGAAUUUAUGCUCCAACGGACCAGGCUCCUGCUUGUAACUUCCGGGCCUGGUGCACGAAAAUCUGCCGCUCGGACGGCCCUGGGUGGGCUGGACUCUUCAGCAAAUAGCCCAUUUCCUGACAGUGCGUCCUCUCGGGAAGGCAGUGGCCCUGACAACAGCAGCGCAUAUGAAAAUCUUGAGAAAAGAUAUCCAGAAGACCUUGGAAGCAGAGGUGGUGUUCUCACCACUGGUGACCUCAAGGCCGUGGUCAUGGGCGUCAGCUCAGCGGAGGAGUUCCGCAAACUGGGAGAAAGCAUUAUCUCAAUCCCUGCGCAAGAGAAGGGUUCUGCUAAGGGGACCAAGGAAGAUAACAGCAAGAAGCUGGGUCUCGACUUCGAUGUCGACUGGCUCACUUAUGCGCCCGAUGAAGCCGCGAUGAUCGACAAGCUGCGCAAACAGCGCGAUGACCUCCUCCAUCGCCGGGAAAUGCUCAAGGCCCGAAGCCACUUCGUGACCCUUGUGCGGCAGCGGGCCAAAAGCAUAUUGGAGAAGCUCAAGCAAAAGGAGCCCAAGGGCGGAUGGAAAGAUAUCUGCGGCUUUGACCACCGACUGGCUUGGUCGGACGAGGAAUUUGAUGAAUGGCGGCUCUCAGGGCCUGGAGCGAAAGCGCUCAAAGAUGGCACACCCGAGGCGCUGGCGUUAAGCUAUCUCGACACCGCCGACGCGGAUGGCGAUACUGCUAUGGGCGAUGCUAAACCUGCCGGUGAUGAUCUCGAGGUUCUCUCCCACGGGGUUUGCAUCAAGAAACGGUGCGAACGUCAUAAGCAGUGGGUCAAGGUCCAACAGCAAGAUGGUCUUUUCGAGGAGAGCACCCUUGCCCAGGAUCUCAGCAAAUGCGAGAAGGAGGCUCAGAACGUGGUGGAACGAGCCGUUCUCAGGCUGUGGGCGGAGGAAGACAACGCUCAGAUCAGUAACCAUUGAGGAAGUACCUUCCCCGUGGUUCAUUUAUUCCCUCUUUCGCCUCGGCUCUUUUCUUUUCUUUUCUCCCUUGAAAACAACCUUCAUUUAACUACAAACCAUGACAUAAGAUGUCUUCAUCCUUUUUUCCAAAAGACCGCCCUUUUACGGCGUGCUUGAUUGAUACCCCCCAUCUUCUUACCGGGAAAAGAAAAGCAGGAAUCGAACCGGAGUUGGUUCUUCAAGGCUGUGUUCUUCUUUUUGGGUCUGUGGAAAAGCAAACCACUGAACAUGUUGUAUGCAUAAUAGAGGG